AUGGGGAUCAUACCCAUCCCAUUCCAUCUACUCGGAACACGAGCGGGAAUCUUCCGGGGUGUGCUCUUGACAGCUACCGCGGCUACCGCGAUAUAUCUAUCAGCCGGACUCGUUCUACAGUCUAAAGGGGUCAAGAAACAGCCUAUUACGCCAUCUCCCCGGACAAGAACUCUCCCGACACUCUCAGAGGAGGAUACUUUAACCCUCCCAUAUCCGCCCGACGCCCUUCCUGGAGGGAGAGAUGUAGAGACUCCAUACGGUUCAAUACGGGUCUAUGAGUGGGGUCCCGAAGAUGGGGAAAAGGUCCUUCUUGUUCACGGCAUUAGUACGCCCACAAUAUCGUUAGGAGAUCUUGGGCAUGAAUUUGUUGGUAAAGGGUGCCGUGUUAUGCUCUUCGAUCUCUUUGGUCGCGGAUAUUCGGACGCGCCUAGUGACCUCGCUUACGAUGAGCGACUUUACGUGGCGCAGUUUCUAUUGGUCCUAGCAUCAUCCAAGCUACCCUGGACAACGUUCAACCUUGUAGGAUACUCUCUCGGUGGAGGCCUUUGUGUCUUAUUCACAAGAUAUUUCCCGCAUUUAAUUAGCUCGCUCACAUUGGUAGCCAGCUGUGGUCUGAUUCGGCCAUAUCAUGUUGGUUGGAAGAGCCGGUUGCUCUAUAACUCAGGAUUCCUCCCGGAGUUCCUAGUGAAAAUACUAGUUCGAAGGAGGAUACGGCCGAAGGCUGAGCAGCCGCCCGGUGCUAUAGGUGGCGCCGAUAUCGCGUCUGCCGAAACUGAAAAGCACUUACCGAAUGGAGAUAGCGAUGCUAAUGGUGGCGCCGGAUUUAACAGUACGUCCAUCUCUAAAUUUCGGCCGAAAGUCACUGUGUCAUCGGUCGUGGGAUGGCAGGUUGAUCAUCACGACGGGUUCGUUACCGCAUUCCUCAGCACAAUUCGGAACGCCCCUAUUUAUGCCCCCCAGCAAGACUGGGUGGCCUUACAUAAGAUUCUUAAGUCCAGGAGACGAUCCGAGCAUGACAAAGAAGCCGGCCCUGUUUCGGGACUCCGUGCCGGGAAAAUUCUAAUGAUACUCGGGGAGGAUGACCCUGUUGUCGUCAAGGACGAGACGAUAGAAGAUGCCCAAAAUAUGCUCGGAUAUGAUGGAGUGGAAAUUGCUGUUUUACCUGGAGGCCAUGAGAUACAUAUCUCGGCUAGUUCCCGUAUUGCAACUACGGUAGAAGCCUUUUGGCGUAAACAGUUGGCUUGA